AUGGAUAUUCACGAUUGGUCGUUCUCGUACAUGAAGCACGAUAUAUCUGGUUUGUCAUUCUUGUCUUAUGUGGUAGAUUGGAUCGUCUAUGUUGCCAUACUAACGGUAGCAAUUUUGUUUGGCUCUGUAAUCCCACCCUGGUACCAUGAAUUCCUGACGAACGACAUCUCCCUUAUGUAUUCCCAUGUCUCUGAAGAAGACACUGUUAUUCCAAUUAAUAUCUUGUUGGUGAUCACGGUGGUUCUACCCCUUCUUCAGUUUGUGCUAUGUGCUCUCUAUAGCCCAAGCUCAGGAACCAGAAGAGCUUGGGAUAUAUUUGCUGGACUUACGUGCCUAUGUGGGAGCAUGGCAACUCAAUUGAUGAUUACAUGUGUGUUGAAAAAUAUUUGUGGUUUACCUCGACCGGAUCUUCUCUCCAGAUGCCAAGCUGAUAUAGAUUUGGUACCAGAUGAGGGUCUUCUGACAGUAGCAGUAUGCACAAACGACAACAUAUUCCUCCUCCAGGAGGGGUUCCGCUCAUUUCCAAGUGGACAUCUGUCCACUGUUUUUUGUGGAAUGGUGGUAACAAGUUUGAAUAUUGCUGGGAAAUUUCAAGUAUUUGACAAGAGAGCUAUGUCCACAAAGAUCUUCUUGACUAUAGUCCCCAUCAUAGUAGCCUGUUUUGUGGCGUGCACCAGAAUCAGUGAUAAUCGUCAUUUUCUAAGAGACGUUGUAGGUGGGGCAAUAAUUGGCUCAAGUGCGGCGGUUUGGUUCUACUCCCAAUGUUUCCCCAGUGUGUUUCAUUUGGAAAAUGCUGGAAGGGCAUACCCUCCCAGAAGAUUUGGUGUAGCUGCAUUCUUCAACAAUGUAGGUGGCUUCUGGGCACUUCGGGAAAAGAUUCCAGGUUCAUUCAUGGAUAGGAUAUUGAACACAAGAUCCACUCUCGAAUUACUUAAAAAUUCUGAUCCUAUAGUUAAUGGAGAAAUCGAUAACCCUGAUGAGCUUGUCAAUAUACAAAGCAAUAUUCGAUUCCUCAAUAGAAUAGCGCCUAUAUUCAAGAAUCGUACCCUCAAUUUAAAUACCAAGCAAGAGGAAACUUCAGUUUAA